CUGCGUGGAGAGUGUUCAGAACGAUGGGACUCUUUGUGUAGACUGUUAUGCCGUUGUUGGAAACGUGCUCUAGAACGAGGAACAAUCUAAUCAUGAGGAGCCUCUCAUGCUUUCCGGAGGACCUUUCGAGCCUACCGACAUAAUUUGCAUUGUCAAUGCUUUGCUUGCUUUCUUUGUUACUCAGAUUAUUACAAGCCACGGUGAUUCAUCAUAUUGUAUACUAUGCAUUCACUACCCUAUGUUCACAGCAUUUAUUACUUGAUGGAGCACGGAGACAUUUGGCGAAGCUUUGUGGUGUAGCACUGUUUAAUUGCGAGUUUAAUUGGUCUUACUUCAUUAUCCUGGAAACGGGCACGGUAGAUUGGAGAUGACGCAUGAAUGGAAUGUUGGCGUGCGGUGGAACGC